AUGGAGAAGAUCAAGUAUACAACAUUAUCAUUGAGUGAGAAAUUAAAACUCAUUCGAUGUGUCGAGAAAGGAGUUAAAAGGAAGAAGGACAUUGCUGCAGAUUUCAAGAUUUUAGUCAACUCUCUGACUUACAUCAUCAAGAACAAGGAAAAGAUUUUGGCUGCUGUGCUAGAAAAAGGUGAAUUCUUUGCAGCUCUCUUAGGAAACAAAGACUUCAAAGCUAGCUCUGGGUGGUUAGAAAAGUUUAUGAAUAGAAGUGGAAUAACCUGUAGGACAUUAAAUGGGGAAAUUGCUUCUGUUUCGGAAGAAGACUGCAAAAAGUUUCUCACUGACAUUUUGCCUAGCUUGUUAGAAGUUUAUGCAAUAGAAGAUAUCUUCAAUGCAAAUGAAACAGGCAAAUCUAAGAAUCCACGAUGUUUCAAGGGAGUCAAGUCUUUACCAGUGCUUAACGAGAGCAAUAAAAAAGCUUGGAUGACUAGUUCAGUAUAUGAUGACUGGCUUCAUAAAAUUGAUCACAAGUUUCAAAGAGAAAAUCCGAAAGUUCUCCUACUUGUGGAUAAUUGUCCGGUUCAUCCGAAAGUCUUAAUUCAAACUUCAAAAGCCAUAAAGGUGGUUCACUUAUUACCAAAUUUAACUGCUGAAUUGCAACCAAUGAAUUAA